UGAUGGCGGGAGUCUGUGGGUGCCUCUCGGCGUGGCAGGUCACGUUCUCAGUUCUCCCUUCCUCCUUACUCCGGCACAAACACUCGUGCCGCCCAGUGGUGAUGCUCUCCCAGUUUAUCAAAGGAUCACAGACCGCGAUCGAGAAGAAUUAACUUGCAACAUUAAAAGGAGUUUCUCACAGCAAGACAUCGAACAUUCAAAUGAUUUAGCCCAGCUGUGUAUAAGUGGAAAAAUUUGAUUGGUAGUAUUAGUAAACACUUCGAUCACAAAUCACCAAGUGACAAAAAACAAGUUGAGUGCGACGGUUUCCCUACUAUUCAUCUAUUACUAUUGUUACUGUUACUAUAACUUCCUUUCUGGUGAAGGUAGGGGACAAACGUGCAACCUGGGUACAAAGAUCAAGGACCUUGGAAACACGUUGGUCACCAGGGCGAGCAGUGUGUUGGAUGUUGGCCACACCAAGGUCUUCGACCUUGGGCAUAGUACCUCGCCGACCAGCGCAGCGUUAAAAUAGCAUUGCGGAACAGACGAAAUAUAGUGGACUACAGAUACUCUGCGUUUUCUUGUGCCUUCUGUCCCCCCAUCCCGGUCAGAGGCAGGGAAGCCACACUGCUCUGUACCUGGCACCUGCACUUGGCACUGUGGCUAUGAUUGCGUGCCUCUGCUGUUUCUCUAUAUAGUCACCUGGCUAACGCGCAUGCCACCUGGCGGGACACGGAACGCCCUCCAUAACACCACGAGGGAAAAUGGCAUUCCGGGUGAAGGUAGCGGCCUUGCUACUGACAGUCCUCAAUAUCCUGCCCUCGUUGACUGGCGCUUCACCGGGUGAGGCCGCGGUACUGAUAUCGGCAGCGCGGGAGGGACGCAUACAGGAAGUCAGGGCGCUGCUGGACGACGGUAUUCCAAUCGACAGCACGGAUGAAACAGGGCAGACAGCGCUGCAGGUUGGUGCCCGCAGCGGCAGUCUGGGCGUUGUGCAGGAGCUCAUCUCCCACCAGGCCAACAUGUCCGUGAGUGACAAGUGGGGAAAGACUGCAUUGCAUGACGCCGCCUCGUUUGGCCGGGAGGACAUCGUCACCCUUCUACUCGAAUACGACGCCGAUGUGGCAGCUGUCGACGCCGCUGGGAAGGUGGCGCUGCACGAGGCAGCCUGGCUGGGGCGGAAGGGAGUGGUGGAGGCCUUGCUCGCUCACAACGCCAGUGUUUUCGCCACUGACAAUAAUGGCCAGACGCCCCUGCACUACGCCAGCGAGCAGCGACAGGCGGCGGUAGUACGGACGCUGCUGUAUCAUGGGGCCCCGGUGAAUACAACGGACAAGGACGGUCUGUCGCCUCUCCACUACGCCUCCUGGUUUGGAGGGGCGGAGGUGGCAGAAGUGCUGCUUGAACACGACGCCGACCCAGCUGCGCGCACUGACCUAGGCCAGACACCGCUGCAUUUCGCUGUGGAGCACCGACAGCAGACAGUGGCAGCGAUAUUGCUACAGCACGAGGCACCGUUGGACGCCGUGGACAGCAACGGCAACACGGCGCUCCAUUUAGCCGUUCGGGACAAGAAUACUAAAAUAGCCGAGAUGCUUCUCUUAAGGUGCCCAGACUUGACCCUCAGGAACCUCAACCGCAAGAAUGCGAUGGACGUGGCGCGUGAGGAGGGCAUGGGACAGCUGGCGGCUCUCAUUCAGGCCCAAAGUCGAGUGCCGUGUCGAGCGGAGGGUGCCACCUGCCAGAAGGGGGAGGUGUUCGGGGUGGCUCCUCUGCAGCGCCUCACCUGCAGAGACACCUGGAAGCCCACUCCAACCCCCGAGGCAGGAUACAGUUGCCGCGUGGGAAGCCAGGUGUUGAACCACGGCUCGAGCUGGAACGACGGAUGUCACAGCUACAGGUGUGUGCUGGGACAAGUGUGGAGAAACCCGGAAGUGGCCGGCACCUGCUGCGUGACAGACGAGGGGGAGUAUGGGGACGGCGCCACCUGGACGGAUGAGUGUCAGUACCUGGAAUGCCGGGCUGGGAAGGUGGAGAUGCUGGCCGUUUCGGGAUCGUGCUGCCGAAACGGUGAUGACGUGUACGGCGAGGGCGAGGAGUGGACAUCAGGAUGCCAUCAUUGGGUGUGUCGCUCUGGCAAGCCUCAAAUCAACGGCACCUCGCCUAUAUGCUGCGAGGUGAUGGGGGAGAUGUACCGUAAUGGCGCUCGCUGGCCCAUGGGGUGCUUCUACGUGUGGUGCAACGACGGCUUCAUUGAGACCUAUGCCAUGAUGCGUGUUUGCAAGAUGCUCUUCAUGAUGGUGGUGCUGGCGGUAGGCGGCGUCGUCAUUUCAGUAGUGCUUACCAUUGCCCUCCUGCGUGUCCGGAAGACUCCCAAGAAACCUCACACCAAAGAACGCCUCAUCGAAGCCAACUCCACUACAACAGCCACCACGCCCCAGCCCUCCUAACGCCCCGCGCACCCAAGGCCUUGACUCCAAGAUGCGAUAGGUAGUGGUGGUGGUGCUGGUGGUGGUGGCUUGUUUUUUCUUUCUCUUUCUCUCUCUCCGACGGGCUUGUGUGAAAGUGUGGUGAAUAUGAUGAUGUUGUAGAGGAGGAGGAGGAGGAGGAGGAGGAGGAGGAGGAGGAGGAGGAGGAGGAGGAGGAGGAGGAGAAGAAGAAGAAGAAGAAGAAGAAGAAGAAGAAGAAGAAGAAGAAGAAGAAGAAGAAGAAGAAGAAGAAGAAGAAGAAGAAGAUUAUAUAUAAAAGACCGACAAUGAACAACAACAACAACAACAACAACAACAACAGCAACAUUAACAACAUCGUCAGCAACGAUAUAACCUACAUGAUAAUGAUGAUACAUGAACUUAAUCAUUAGCAAGAACGACACGGAACUUAAAGAAAAACACACUCACUCGUAAAUAAACUCAUGACACGGUGCUUAGAACAAUGAAAACAAAACAAGGAAGAAAACGCGACCCACACCAACACCAAUGACUAAGAACUUCCUUGUGAUGAAGUCAAUUAGGCGUUUUCUUAGCUUUUUUUUAUGGGUCGUUCACGUGUUGCAUAAGACAGUCGCAGUUGCCUUAAAAGGACUCCUCGCCUCGCCGCCUUAGGUAAACACAAAGGGAGGAACAGCUGUACCCUUUGUGACGCGCCGAGGACUGAGGGUGCUGUUACCUCACUUGACCGACAAGGAAACCUGUGGCAAAAUACUAAAGUGAGAAUAACUGAGGCGCUGACUUGGUUUGGUUUUCUUUUAACUUGAUUUGGAGAUACAAAACAUUGUGUCAGAGAGGAAAAUGUGGAAAAUAAUACUCUAGCUAUGCCAAUUUGUUUUUUACGUGAUUUAGGGACUGGCCAAAGGUGACAAAAAAGUGACCAUGGCCAGUUCAGUUUCUCGGAUCCCCUCAUAAUUCUCUCCAAAAGGAACUUAGUCACGGAAAAGUGGACACCACUGUGAUGCCGAGUGUUCCAGUUCAUACAAUGUUGUGGAGUGUUGUGAUGUGAGGAACACUGGUUCGUGGUGUGGAGUGGAGGGCGAGAUGGCUGUGAGCUUCGCUGACAGGUUAUGUCAUUCUUGGUUUUGUAUAUUUUAUAUUCAUUCAUUCUGCAUUCUUGGCAGGUCUUGGUUUAAUUAUGAGCCUUUAUUUAACUUCAACAAACAUGUUCACGUAUGCACUCAUGUUUGUUUCAUCACGUGUACGUCAACUACACAACCCCACCCAGCCACGCUCCUGUAGGUUGCACGUCAAAGAUGAAGCAAAUGAGUCAUAUAAGUUAUGCAUCUCUCUCUCUCUCUCUCUCUCUCUCUCUCUCUCUCUCUCUCUUUCUCUUUCUUGCCAUAGUCAUGGUACUCAGCUCAAUCUCCUUGGCCUUGAGCUCUAAGUGAACACAAACUCCCAUAUAAAUUUGUAACAACCUCUACUUUCAGGUCACCAGUUUACUUUCCUCGAGUUUCUCUUAAGAUAUCAAUCCACUCACACUUCCUUCCCUUCCUGAAUAUUUAUUACUGACGCACCAAGCUCAAGCGGAGAACAUAUCUAGUAGUUACAUUUGAGAGGCUUACUGAUGGUGACAAAAAGCGGAACUGUGGUGCAGGUCCCGAGAGGCUUGAGGAGUCUGCAGCUGUGUAAUGUAUAGACCCAUGGUGUGUUCAUUCCCUGCGGCUGCACCACACCCAAGUGAUCCUUUCCCUUCCUUGGUUGCCUCAAUAACAACGAGUUUAUUUUUCUAUAUUAACACCGUCCUGCCGAACCUUUCUACUGAUACUGUAAUUGAGACGAAAAAUAAAAAAAAGAAAUAGUA